AUGGAAAGUUUAGCAAGCAGCACAAAUUCAGACGAUAACAUUCAAUAUACAUUAUUUGAGCAAAUACUUAUAUUUGGUGUCUCUCCCCUCAACUUUUUGUUUGCGGUUUAUGUACUCAUUACUUAAUUCAGAAACAGAAAAAAACAUAUGUAUCAAGAUUUAAAUAAUUGUAUAUGGCAAUUUUAUGACUAUAAAAUUUAAGGAGAUUCAACCGAUGAAUUAGUUAGAGAAGAUGCUAUUUGUUAAGUUACAGGUGGACUUAACAUUCUUAGUGAGAUGAUGGCUUUUUUAUACCUUCUUUCUACUCUUGCUCAUAUCAUCACUGCCCUAAUCUCAAUUACGUUCACAUUAGCAAUAUUUUUAACCUUUGGAUUUGGAUUAUCUGUACCAUUUGACUUAAUUUCAAACUUAAUUUACUAUUUAUAGUCAACUUUAACUUGUGGAAUAGCACUUUAAAAAGAGAAAUCAUACGGAGACUUAUCUGUUGUAUUUUUGAAAUAACUUCAGCUUUCAUGCUUAAUUUUUGUUACAUAUAUAAGCCCUGAACAAAUAUAAAGAAUGAGAAAGUGUUUCUCAAGACAAAGAACAAAGAAUUAAGAGGUACCAUCAAGAAGUUCAAGAGGAAAUAAUCAAAAAAGGGUAAAUUUUAUGAUUUCGGAUGAGGAUUUCAAGAAAGGAUACAGCCCUAAUAUUCUCUAGAAAUCAUCAACUCUAGUUUUAAAAACUAGUUUCCACUUAAUUAACUAUAUACUAAUGGGAAUGUGUCAAACCUUUCUUAAUAUCCAAAAUGAAGUAAGAGUGGAAAAUUGGUAAACAUUAAUUGAUUCAGAUGUUGUAAAAUACAAAGAAAAUUUCAAAAUACAUAAGAUUGAUACGGAAAAAUUCAUGACUGAACAUUAAAACGUGUGCAUUUAUGAUAUAAAUCGAGGAAGCAAUAAAAAUUAGCUUGAAAUAGUAGAGUAUGCACCAGAAAUUUUCAAAGCGAUAAGAAUGAAAUGUGGCAUUACAGAAGAAUAAUUAUUCACAUCCUUUUCACCUAUAUAUAAUAUCUAAGCUAUUCACAACUUCUUUACAGGAGCUGGGAAAUCGUAAAGUUUCUUUUUCUUUUCAGAUAAUAAAAAUUUUGUCUUAAAAACAUUGAAAGAGAGUGAAAAGAAACUCCUGCUGGAGAAAGGAAUCCUAGAAAACUACUAUUAGCAUAUGAUGAAAACAAAAAAUUCUUUACUAUCAAAAUUCUAUGGAGUAUACACUAUUAGAGUUAAAUAUAUGCAAGAAGUAACUUGUUUUAUAAUGGAUAAUCUUCUUGGAUAGGAUUUCAUAAAUAUCUAAAGAAUUUAUGACCUAAAGGGUUCAACUAAGGGUAGAAUAGUCAAAUUAACAGAAGAAGAAGAUGAAUCUUAAAGUGGACUAAAAGUUUUAAAAGAUCUAAACUAUCUUAGAAUAAAUGAAAAGAUAAAUGUUGCAUAAUCAAUUAAAAGAAAGUUACUCUAAUCUAUUUAGGAAGAUUUAUCUUUCCUUAGAAAUAAUAGACUAAUGGAUUAUAGUUUGCUACUAAUUAAAGUUAAAAAUACUAAGCAGCCAAAUGAUAAAAUUAAAAGAAUGCCUGCUCUCAUUUAUAUAAAAUAAAAAAAUGGAAACAAUAGACUCUAAUUAAGAUAGCUUGAUGAUAUAUAAAUGGGUAGGAUUAGCUCAAUGAUUGUUGAAGAUAAAAAUGAUGAUCUUGAAAAAAUGAGAUCUUCUCUUAUCUCAGAAGAUGAAGGAGAAGAGGAUGAAUUUAGAGACUCAAAUUUCUUAAUUAAAUCUAAAAUACUGAAAUCAGAAGAAGUAAAAGUUUAAGAUGAAGAAGGAGAUAAGAAAGAUGAUCCAAAUAUAAUUGAGGAUUUGCAUGGCGAAUACAAGUACAAGCUAGGAAUCAUUGAUUUUUUGACUGAGUAUAAUGCUGCGAAGAAAAUUGAGAAGACAUGGAACAAUAUAGUUUACUGGAAAGAUAGAUAGCAAGUAUCAUGUCAAGAUCCUGAAACAUACGCUGAAAGAUUUCACGAAUUUAUGAAAGAACACCUUUGA